AUGCAGCCAAAAAAAUCAAACGCUCCAGAGCCUACCAUAAUCAGUGCCAACAGAGAUGAUGAUCCAAUUGGCGUAUUAGCUUAUUUGGUAAGGCACCGGUAUCGAAGAGGUCAUUAUUCAUUAUUUCAUUUUCUAGAUAAAUGUCUUUGGACAACAGAAAGUGGAAAAUGCUGUUCUUUUCCGUUUGAAUAUAAAAACAGAAUCUAUUCUUCCUGUAUUACGACACCUGACAAGCCAAGACCAUGGUGCGCUACAGAAUUGUUCUACGAUUUUAAUGGCUUACACUGGGACUUCUGCAAAGAUUACUGUAGUCUUGGUCGAGAACUGUGUCUGUGGAAAGUUGAUGAUGGCUACAUAACAUGGAAAAAUGUCAGUCGUGAAGAAACUGCGAAUUGGAACAAAAAAGUCAAAUCAGCAUUGAAUGCCGAUCAUAAAGCAUUUGAAGUGACCCCUAGAGAGAAAGACGAAUUCAUAGUUAUCCUACCACUAGCCGAGUUUGGAAAUAUUUCAGUUCCAAUUGCACUUGAAAAUGAUCUGAAAGCUGUAACUGUCUGCGUUUGGCUCCAAACAAACCAAUCCGUUGUGGACAUAACAUACUGGACAAAAUUGGCGGAUUGUCCUGAAGAAUCAGCUCUCGGAAUAAAUCUCAAUAGCACCAUCACAGUUACUGUCUUGGAAGAGGAAUGGAAAGUCCCGUCAUUUGUUGCUGAUCAAGAGUGGCAUCAUGUUUGUCUGACCUGGUCUUCAUUUGGUGGAUUCCUCAAAGUUUUUGUCGACGGACUGAAACUUGUCAGCACGUCUGAUUCUAGUAUCGACACUCUGGACAUCAGAGGAAGAGGUCGUCUUACUGUCAAUUGCACCGAUGUUAAAAAUUCAACAAAAGUAGACGCCUGCGGUCGUACAAGUGAUCUUAACUUAUGGGAAGGUGCACUCGAUGAGGAAGAAAUUCAACGAAUGUCUUUAGGGUGUGGAAUGAGAGACGGUGAUCUCAUGGCUUGGAGGAGCAUGAUUAGUGGAAUCAUAGGAGACACCCAUGUUCAUUACGAUACUUCCGCAUGUCGAGACGUGACUGGUAAUCGCCUUGCGGCGUAUUCUCUUUCAAGUAACAUUACAACAGAGCAAGCUCGCGUAUGGAGCCCAUGGUAUAACAGAUCAGCUGAUGGUUAUGGUAGAUGCCUGAAGUUCCGAUACAUGAUUCUUGGAGUAGGCAAUAACAACUUACGGCUUUACCAAAUAAUGGGGAACAACUCAAAGGAAAAUCCAAUCUGGCAAGGUGACUCAACAAGGGACGACACCUGGCAGUAUGGUCAAGUGUCAGUUACAGGGAUCACAGAACACCAACUCAUUUUUGAAGGAAACCUGGAAGACCAAAUAGGGUUUAUUUCAAUAGGAGCACUUUACUUCAUCAAUGGUUAUUGUUCCCCAGAGCCAGAAGCAGCUGCAAGAAGAGCAUGCAGGGAGCUCUUCACGGACAAAACUGGUGUUAUAACGUCACCCUACUACCCGGGAUAUUACGCAAAUGACAGUUGGUGUGAAUGGCUCGUCACCGCUGCGAUUGGUCACGUGAUCAGACUUGAAUUUUUUUACUUUCAGCUGGAAGCAACUGAACCUCAAUGUUUAAGUGAUUAUGUUGAAGUAUUUGACGGAAAUUCGACAUAUUCUACUUCGCUUGGCAGAUUUUGUGGUCAUACGCACCCUGCAAUGUUGGAAUCUUCGUCGAAUAAUUUGCUCGUCGUGUUUAAAUCUGAUAACAAGGGGAUGCGUACGGGUUUCAAAGCUUACUACGACAUGAGGAAAGAUGAGAGGGAUAAAUGUAAAAUGAAACCAGAUUGUCCAGUGGGUUGCACGUGUUACAUUACAAAAGGACCACCGUCACAGUACGUGUUGGAAGGGGCAGAAUACAUGGAAAGUAUACCAUGGAAUUUAUCAAGUCUUACAACAGUGCUUUUAUUUGCUGGCAGCAAAAUCACUCGCCUAAGGAACAGAGACUUUUACUCUCUGUCAUCUCUUACCUACAUGGAUUUAAGCCACAACAAAGUUUUUCAAAUGGAAUCUAGAACAUUUGAAAGUUUAAAAUCUCUGGAAACGUUGAGACUCAACAAUAAUUUCUUGAGGCAACUUAACAGUGACGUCUUUAGUGAAACAACUAAGCUUCAAUACUUAGAUAUUGGUGAAAAUCUUCUUGUUGACCUUCAAGAAGGCGUUUUCGACAAUUUGACAGACUUACGAAUCUUAAGCCUGCGAUCUAACAGUAUUCGUCAUAUUAAGAGGGAUGUAUUUAAACGCACAACACGCUUAACUCAUCUGUAA